AUGGCAGCAAAGUUACCAAAAUCUCAAAGAAAAAGAAGUUGUAUACAGAGAUGGGGUACUGCGCUUAACGAUGAAGAGAUCAGAAAUCUUCACAAUGUAAACAAGGAACUUCUUGAUUACAUUAAUUGUCUUGAAAAUAAACAAACUUUUCAAAAUAAGGGCAAGGAUGUGGCCAAUGUUGCAAAAAAGUCAAGAACACUUAAUACAUUUAUGUCACAUGCUAAAAUUGCACUCUGGUUCAUGAAAUCAUUUGGCCUAGAAUUGAAAGGAAUCAAAGCUAUGGAACAACAGAUGGGAAUAUUCUACAAUCUUUAUGUUGACGACAAUACCAGUAAUUCAACUGAUGGCAGCAAAGGUUUUGACAGUUUGACUGAUUAUGACAAAGAAAAAAUUGAACAAGUUUGUUUCUCCUGGAUAAAUUUUGUGUUGGUGAUUCAUUCUACUAUGAACUAACUAUGAUUCCCAAAUCUUACCUGGUUAAACAGAGGAGAGGGCAGCUGAAUGAUAUCAGUGAGGUGAUCCCAACCCCUGGUGAAGCAGAUGGUGCCCAGUUAUCUUUUACAGAUUUGUUGAAAUCACAAAUUCAAGAUGUCUUGACUCAAGGCAAGUACUCUUGCGUGCACGAGCCGCUAAUUAAGAUUGAUUUAGACCAUGUUGUUUUGGAUGAGCUUCUUUUGUUACUUAGAGUAACGGAUGUUUAUUGA